GCAGCCUGGUGUGGGGGCCCGGGCUGCAGGCGGCCGUCGUCCUGCCGGUCCGCUACUUCUACCUGCAGGCGGUCAGCGCGCAGGGCCAGAACCUCACUCGCUCGCCCCCAGGUCAAACACUGUUCACAGUAGUAGUCAAACCUCUUUCACCUAAGGAGGUAGUCCGAAUUCAUGUCCCUAAGCCUUUGGACAGGAAUGAUGGGACAUUUUUGGUGCGAUAUAGAAUGUAUGACACUGUCAACAAAGGGCUGAAGAUAGAAGUCCUUUAUGGUGAUGAACAUGUGGCGCAGUCUCCCUAUAUUUUGAAAGGACCAGUGUACCAUGAGUACUGUGUGUGUCCAGAAGAGGAUCCGCAGGCCUGGCAGAAAACUCUUUCUUGUCCAACCGAGGAGCCACAGAUUGAAGAAGAUUUCGCUCCCUUCCCCAGCAUCAAUCUCCAGCAGAUGCUAAAGGAAGUUCCCAGAAGAUUUGGGGAGGAGAGGGGUGCCGUUGUUCACUACACAAUUCUCAAUAACCACAUUUACCGGAGAUCUUUAGGGAAAUACACAGACUUCAAAAUGUUCUCUGAUGAGAUUUUGCUGUCACUGGCAAGAAAGGUUCGUCUCCCAGAUUUAGAAUUUUAUAUUAAUCUUGGAGAUUGGCCCUUGGAACAUCGAAAAGUCAAUGAAAGCCCCAGCCCUAUACCGAUCAUUUCCUGGUGUGGCUCUCUGGAUUCAAGAGAUGUUAUCCUUCCAACGUAUGAUAUCACCCAUUCCACGCUUGAAGCAAUGAGGGGUGUUACGAAUGAUCUCCUCUCUAUUCAGGGAAAUACAGGGCCUGCCUGGAUCAAUAAAACAGAGAAAGCUUUCUUCAGAGGUAGAGAUAGUCGGGAAGAGAGGCUGCAGCUGGUCCAGCUGUCCAAGGAAAACCCACAGCUCCUAGAUGCGGGAAUUACAGGCUAUUUCUUUUUCCAAGAGAAAGAAGAGGAGCUCGGAAAAGCCAAGUUAAUGGGCUUUUUUGAUUUCUUUAAGUACAAGUACCAGGUGAACGUGGAUGGCACUGUGGCUGCCUACCGCUUUCCGUACCUCAUGCUGGGGGACAGCCUGGUCCUGAAGCAGGAUUCUCCGUACUACGAACAUUUCUACGCGACACUAAGACCUUGGAAGCACUAUGUUCCAAUUAAAAGAAAUCUCAGUGACUUACUAGAGAAAGUUACAUGGGCCAAAGAAAAUGAUGAAGAAGCCAAGAAGAUUGCGAAAGAAGGACAGUUGACUGCUAGGGACCUGCUACAACCACACAGGCUUUACUGCUACUACUACAGAGUCCUACAGCAAUAUGCCGAACGCCAGUCCAGCAAGCCGGAGCUACGCGAUGGGAUGGAACGUGUCCCUCAGCCGGGUGACAGCACAUCCAUCUGCCAGUGCCACAGGGAAAGGCCUUUGAAGGAAGAGCUGUAAUGCGGCCGCCCAGACCCACACUCCUGUGUGUCCAGCUACAUCUUUGAGGGGAGACUUAAAGUAGAUGCCAAGCUGUGAAGAAAGCGUGAAGGAAGAACUUUACCCAGGGACCACUUCUCGUGGUGGCUUUCUAUAAUGUGGGUGGAUAUAGCAAUAUUUGCUCAAGUAUUACCAGUAUCUUUGGGUAUUAAUUUCUUUUAACUAAAAACCUAUUAUCAGCAUCAAAAUUUCUCUGAAAAGAGCAUUUGCAGAUCAUAGAAGGUAGAGCCUUGCCAAAAUGUGUCACCCUGUUGAUAUGAUACUCGGUGGCUUAUUUCUAUGUCUGCUUUACUUUCUCUCUUCUUCCAGUAAGGAAGAGAAAAUGUUUUGUUUUCUUCCUCUUCCCUGCAUAACCUCUCUUGCAAGCUGCUCUUGGCAUUCAGUAAUGGCAGCUUCCUGUUGGAAAGUCGGAUAAGAAUAGUUAUAGAACAAGAGGUACCAUGGAGACUGUAGAGGAACUCCUUUUGCAAAGCACUGCUCAUAUAUUAUUAGCUAGUUUUUGAGAUGAAAAUUAAGAACAGCCAGGGGUGGUGGUGCAUACUUAUAAUCCCAGCACUCAAGAGGCUGAGGCAGGAAAAUCACCAUGAGUUUGAG